UCAGUUCAUUUUGAAAGGCACAACACCCAGCAGCCAACAUGAAGUGGCUUCUUCUGCUCUGUCUGUGUGUCUACGCAGUUCAGUGUUCAGAUUACGAUGAUGAUGAUGAGGAGGAUAAACCAAAACCCGUAAAGGUAUUUGACCCUCGCGGCCAUCGGCCCUUGGACAAAAAGCGUGAGGUGUACAACCCCGUCCGGAACGCCCCGCCUCCCAUCAGCGGGGGCAGUAGGUACCAAGGACGACCCACGGAGGCGCCGGUGGGACGGCAGGAGUAUGAGAAGCAGGAGCAGCCUGACGCCGGAGGAUGUACACACGCCUCGGAGGAGAUGGGGGAGCUGUGUCCUACAGGCUGUGAGCUGAAAUCAGCCAUUGUGAAACAGGAAAGGAACGUGAAGGGGGAAGUCAGCAAGCUGCAGAAAGAUGUCGACGACCUGUCGAGAUCUGCAAACACCAUCUAUAACUAUGUCGACGGCAUGUCAAACGCCCUGAGAGAGAGACAGCUGGUCUCCAACGAAAAUGGCGACCUGGUGACUCGGUACACAGAUGAUUUGGAGACCCAGCAUGCUUUCGCAAAGGAGGCCAUCACCACAGUAUUCCCGUCCAACAUCAGGAUACUGCAGUCGGUCUUGGAUAAGAUCCGGCUGAAGAUCCUACGGGUGGAGAAGGCCAUCCUGGCCCAGAAGGAUGGAUGCCAGGAGCCGUGCACCGUCUCCUGCCCCAUUCCCGUCGUCUCUGGUAAGGAGUGUGAGGACAUCUUCAGGAAAGGAGGAAAAGACUCAGGGAUGUACCUGAUUCAGCCGGACUCCUUCUAUCAGCCCUACAAGGUCUACUGUGACCAAACCACUCAGAAAGGAGGUUGGACUACUGUCCAGAACAGGAUGGAUGGUUCUGUAGACUUCGGCAGGCGUUGGGAUGACUACCGCAGAGGUUUCGGUAACAUUGCCUUCGACGUCGGCAAGGGCCACUGCAGCAACCCAGGGGAGUACUGGCUGGGUAACGAUCGCAUCAGUCAGCUGUCCAAGCUGGGUCCCACUGAGAUCCUCAUGGAAAUGCAGGACUGGUCUGGCAGCAAGGUCUACGCACAGUACCGACAGUUUACCGUACAGGGUGAGAUGACCAACUACAUCCUGUCAAUCGACGGUUACUCUGGAAACGCCGGUAACGGGUUGUUGGAAGGUGCUUCGACGCUUUUUGGAGAGAAUCGCACCAUGACCAUCCACAACGGCAUGAAGUUCAGCACCUACGACAGGGACAACGACAACUGGACACCCGGUGACCCAUCCAAACAGUGCUCCAGAGAAGACGGCGGUGGUUGGUGGUACAACAGGUGUCACUCGGCCAAUCCCAAUGGCCGUUACUACUGGGGUGGGUCUUACACCCGGAACAUGGCAAAACACGGGACAGAUGAUGGCAUGGUAUGGAUGAACUGGAAGGGGUCCUGGUAUUCGCUCAAAGCCAUGACUAUGAAAAUACGGCCAUUCUUCUCCUAGGGGUAGACUUAUGCACACACACACACACUAGGGCAUUGAACAUAAAUCCUGGUCCUGGGAACACAGAGAGGUACACAUUUUAGUUUUUUAUACCCUAGUACAACAUUAUCAUCUCAUCUACUUUUUAUCAAGCCUUUCGUGGAAUAAAACAAAACUCAAAUUGUGGACCCAUUUUGGUCCCUGGGACCAGGUUUGGGAAACACGUGUGAGAACGAACAAUGGAGCAAUGUGCAACUGUUAAUCAUAAAAGCUUGGAUGGUUAAUAAAAGAGAGAUUUUUGAUUAAGCGUAAAAAGAGAAACCACUGCUCUGUCUGUUUCCACUCUUGCCUGUGUGAUUGACUAGAAUGUGUGUGUUUUGAGACUAGGCCAUGGCAAAGUGAAUACAGUGUGUAUCACGCAUUCUACUCAAUAAAGAACAUUGAGGAACCUA